UUGACCUUCAAUAUUGUACACAUUUUGGGACACAAACGGAUCAAGUAAUUAAGGCCAAGGUGAAUGACAAGACAAAACAACAUAAUUUAACCAGUUAUCAACUUCUAUUUAAACGGAAAAGGUUAUAAAUGGAUAAACCUCCAUUAAAAAGCAAAAUGGAAAACGAGGAACAUCCUGCGGAAAUGCUACAGUCCUUAGCAAAGAAGGAAGGACUUUCUAUAGAGAGCUUGGAGUUUGCUAAAUUUAUGGACCAAAAUGAUCCCUUGGGCAAACUACGACAAGAUUUCAAUUAUCCAAAGAUGAAAGAAUUGCAUGGAGUUGAUCUGAAACUGGUUGACCCUGAGGAAGAAUGUGUAUAUUUUUGUGGUAACUCUCUUGGUUUGUGUCCAAAAAAAGCUCAUGAUUAUGUUAAGGUAGAAAUGGAUAAAUGGGCAAAACAGGGUGUCCAAGGUCAUACUAAGGGUGAUCUCCCUUGGGCAUUCUGUGAUGAGAAGCUGGACUCAGAUAUGGCUAAACUUGUUGGUGGCCAACCUGGUGAAGUUGCUAUUAUGAAUGGACUAACAGUAAACCUUCAUCUUUUAUUGAUUUCCUUCUACAGACCAACUCCAUCACGACAUAAAAUUUUAUGUGAGAGUAAAGCAUUCCCUUCAGAUUAUUAUGCUUUUGCCAGUCAAAUGCGUCUCCAUGGGUAUGAUCCGGAAACAUCAAUGAUCUUUGUAGAACCCAGGAAAGGAGAAUAUACAUUAAGAACAGAAGACAUUUUAGAUAAGAUAAAAGCAGAAGGAGAUUCUAUAGCUGUCGUCUGCUUUUCUGGAGUCCAGUAUUAUACAGGACAAUUCUUUGACAUUCUUACCAUAACAAAAGCUGGUCAUCAAAAGGGGUGUUAUGUUGGUUGGGAUCUGGCACAUGCUGCAGGAAAUGUAGAGUUACAUUUACAUGACUGGGAAGUAGAUUUUGCCUGUUGGUGUUCUUACAAGUAUAUAAAUUCAAGUGCUGGUGGAUUAGCAAGUAUAUUUAUACAUGAGAAACACAAAAACACAGAUUUACCGAAGCUGGAGGGCUGGUGGGGACAUAAGUACUCUACAAGAUUUCAGAUGAAUAAUGAACAUGACCCAAUUCCAGGUGCAUAUCACUAUAGGAUUAGUAAUACACCAGGCCUUUUAUGUGCUCCUUUAAAAGCAAGUCUAGAGAUAUUUAACAAAACAUCUAUGCCUGAGAUUAAAACAAAAUCAAAACUUUUGACCGCUUACUUAGAGAUGAGAAUCAAAAAUAAAUAUCCAAAGGAUCCCAAACAUGUUGCUGAUGGAACAUCAACGGAUUGGAAACAUGUCCAUGUAGAUAUUCUUACUCCAGCAGAUAUAAACAGAAGAGGUGCUCAGUUAUCUUUGUCGUUUUCAAUCAACAUCACCCAUGUGUUUGAGGAAUUGGAAAAAAGAGGUGUUGUGUGUGAUGAACGUAAACCAAGUGUAAUAAGAAUCUCUCCUGCGCCUCUGUAUUGCUCGUUUGAAGAUGUCCAUAGAUUUAUGAUUUAUCUAGAUGAAGCACUGCAAGCUGUUGCUAACACACUGGGAAGAUGAUAAAGGGACUUAAUCUAGAAUUUUAAAUUGUUAUCAAUGUCUUGGGUACCAAUUGUUUUGUAUUAAUCAGUCAUUUAAGAAACAGCAAACACUUUUGCUAUCUAAAAUAUUUUUUAUGCUCAAAGUUACUUCCCUAUAUUUUUUACAAAUAACUUUUUAGAAAAAAGUGUUGAAUGAUGUCGCUUAAAAAUGCGGUAGGUUAGCUUUAAUCUGUUUUGUUUAAGAAGUUUUUUUAAUAAAUUUAACAUGUUAUAAUAUUUUUUGGUAAAUAUUGUUAUUUUUUAAAAUAAAAUAUUUUUAAACAACCUGAAAAACACUCAUUCAGACAGUAAAUCGUAAUAUCCUAGAUAAAAAAUGAAAAUGUUUGAGAAUCUAGUGCUUUUAACAUUCACUAAUUGUUAAACUCUUUACUGCUCUCUUUGAUUAAGAAGUCAAUAUGUGGAUUUAUUCAUAUUCUUGGAUACCACUAUUGAUAAUAGAGGACAACAAAUUUUGCAUGCAAGUCUAUAUAAAAAAUAUAAAACAGCACUUUAUAAAAUUCAAGUGUUUGAAGCACUUUACUGGAUUUACCUUCUAUCAUGUUUAUUAAAAAAAAAAGAUGUUUUUAUCCACAAAUGGAACAUGAAAAUAAAGACAUACAAAUCAAAAUACUAGCGGUAAACAACAGAUUUGUUUUUAGUCAGAUGGUUAAGCAUUAUGCCCAGGAUUUUAUCACCCAGAAUCUGACAUUUUGACAUUGGUUAAGGCACUUUAAUUGACUAUAUCUAUAUACUGAGUAUAAAUAAACUCAUCAUAGAUACCAGGACUAAAUUUUGUAUAUACUCCAGACGCGCGUUUCGUCUACAAAAAGACACAUCAGUACUAGUGACGCUCGAAUCCAAAAAAGUAAAAAAAGGCCAAAUAAAGUAAGUUGAAGAGCAUUCAGGACCAAAAUUCCUUUAAGUUUGGCCAAAUCCAGCUUAGGUAAUCUAUGCCUGAGGUAGAAAAGCCUUAGGUGUAAUAUUAAACGUAUACAUCUUUAAGAAGUGUUUAUUGUACCUCAAUCAAUGAAAAUACUCAUAAUAAUUGAACAGACAAGUACCCAUCAGAUGGACAUGGACUUAUUGUUAGCAAAUUAUCAAAUUAUAUUACUUGGAAACUGGGGCCAGCAAUGGUGAAAAAAUGUAAUCAAUUAUAAAUGCAUAAUGUAUUUACAAUAAAAGUAUUAUAGUU